AUGGCUCCAAUCAAGCUCAUAGAGUACUUCAGAGUAAAGCCGCGAUGGCUUUUUGUCAAGAUCACCGAUGAAGACGGCUUAGUAGGUUGGGGCGAGGGAACACUCGAGGGGCAUACUUUGGCUGUGGAAGGAGCAUUGGACGAGAUCAUUGUUCGUUUGAUUGGGCAGGAGGCCAACCGCAUUGAGCACAUUUGGCAAUUGAUUUGGAGACUUGGUUUCUAUCGAGGAGGACCUGUCUUUAUGUCUGCUCUAUCCGGCAUCGACAUCGCAUUGUGGGACCUCAAAGCACGCAGAUUGGAUGUCCCACUCUACGAAUUGCUGGGAGGCAAGGUUCGAGAGAAGUGCCAGGUCUACUGCUGGAUUGGUGGCGAUAGACCCGCUGACAUAGAGAAUGCUGCUAAAGCAAGAAAAGAGCAAGGGCUGACUUGCGUAAAAAUGAAUGCUACGGAAGACAUCGGAUGGCUUGAUGAUGCAGCGGUGUUAGACGCAACAGUCGAGCGCCUAAAGAUCGUCAAAAGUCUCGGAUUGAACGCCGGCCUUGACUUCCAUGGUCGACUACAUCGGCCGAUGGCUAAACAGCUGGCAAAGGCUUUAGAGCCGUAUCGACCACUUUUUAUAGAGGAGCCAAUUUUGGUGGAACAUCCUGAAGCCCUCAAGCAGCUAUCAGCGCAAACAAGCAUCCCGAUUGCUCUCGGCGAGCGCUUGUACCAUCGCUGGGACGCAAAGCCGUUUUUUGAAGCUGGUUUGAUCGAUAUUCUCCUGCCUGAUAUCGCUCAUGCUGGUGGUAUAUCAGAGACAAAGCGCCUGGCCAACAUGGCAGAAACGUAUGACGUUGCUAUUGCGCCACACUGUCCUUUGGGUCCAAUUGCAUUUGCUGCGUCCCUCCAUGUUGGACUGUCUACGCCCAACUUUGUCAUCCUAGAGAUGUCUUUGGGCAUGCAUUACAACACAGAAGCCGGUGACAUAGACCUCAAUACAUACUUGAAGGACCAGUCGGUCUUCGCUAUCAACGGCGGACAUGUUGCGGCUCCCACCGGUCCUGGAUUGGGCAUCGAAGUCGAUGAGGAAAUGAUUCGCAAGAUAUCGGUGGAGACUCGGCCGUGGCCGCCAAAAGAGUUCUUUGGUCCUGAUGGUUCCAUUAGAGAGUGGUAG